CGCAUCGGAAGUACCACCAUGUUAAAAUGUUGGGUAGAAAACCCGUCUGCUUUGGCGUUAUGCUCAAUAUGUGGAUUUUAUACUUGUUAUUUUGUGUGUUUGUUCCGACGCUAUCGCGGAAGGAAUAUCCAGAUUUAGAUAUCAUACCUAAAGAAGAACGAAAAUUAUUUUUUGAACUGGUGAAGCGUUUGCAGAAAAAUAACGAUGAUGGUGCCAUGUAUUCAGACCAACAUUCCAGAAAGCUGCAAACUGCUCCACAACAGUGUGGAAUGACAACAAAUUCGAGCGCAAUUAUUAAAAGGAGUAAUUCUGAGAAAAAUGGUGCAAAAUUCCUCACACUUGCGAAGGACGUUGAAUCUAACGCGGCAUGUUCAAAAUUGUGUUGCGAAAACGCCUCUUGUGAUGUGGCCGUGUAUGAAAAUAAGGAUGGUCACUAUUGCUACCUGUUUUCUUGCAAUGACCUAUGCGAGUUUGGCUAUCAUGAAAGCUACAUGAGCAACUGGAUCAGACAUGCUCAUAAAGAUUCUCACAUUGCACCUGACGAAUCUGAGCAUGAAGUGGACUUGGUUGGCCUUGGUGAUGAAGCUGAAGACACUGCUGCAGAGGAGAGUCCACCCGAGGAACCUUAUAUUCCAUCGACAUCAUCAUCUGUUCAAUCAAUCGCACCGCAGAUGACGACAACAACACUGACAACAACAGGCUCUUUAAAUAUUCGUGCACAUUCAGUGGGUCUGAAUGGAACUUGUAAAGAUGAUGUUCAUUGUGAGGACCCAAACAGUGUGUGCCAAGAACGACGAUGCUUUUGUCGGGAAAGUUUCUACGAGAAGAACCACAUUUGCAGAGAGGUGUGCACACCUUCCAGCUUCGAGUGCCUGGAACUCGGCACCCAUGGGCGAGGGCCCCAGUGCGUGGCGGGCACCCAGGUGUGUGACGGCACGACUAACUGUGCUGACGGCAGCGACGAGUUCAACUGUCCAGACACAGGUAUACCUCCUUUUCGGCCACAAGAAGGGCCAAGUCAGUCGAAGCUCUUGCAGCAAAGCUUUGAACAUCAGUUACCAGUGCAACAGAAGGAGCAGCAAUAUGCUACACAGCAGGAACCAGCAUUACAGCCACAUGGACAGUCGACAUUUGUUGACGAUAGGCGAUCAAAGAAUAAAGGAAGCAAUCCUGGCAGUGCAGAACUGCCCUCAAAACCAUUACUCAGUACUGCUGACAUUGAUUUGCCAGAAAAAUAUGAGGAAGGUGAGCAUUCACAAAUGGAUAUAUCACAACAGAUGAAUGGCUAUGAGAACGCAUUGCUGAAUCGGAGGCCAUCUCACUUGUAUCCCGACUAUCCUGUCAGCUCUGCACAGAAGCCAGUAUUGCAGUCAUAUGCCCAGAAUAAUCCAACCUUUGUGAGAGGAGAUGAAAGCUUGCAUGAGACCUCAGGUUCAGAUGGCCAGCCUCAACAAGGGUUUGCUUCAUUACAAGGUGUUAAGCAGUCUCCCGGCAGAAAGCAUGAUGCCACCAAUAAAGCACAGACACAUGGAACACCAGCAGUGCAAUCUCUGCAUCUUUCAGCAUUGCAGAACCACCAGCCUGACUUUCCAACGCAUCCACAGGAGAGUUAUUCUCCUAUAGAACAUGGAACAGAUCAGACUUUGUCUGAAGAAGAACAGCAAGUGGGUCGAGCAUCUCAGCAGAAGCAGGUGCCAGCAGCUUCUUCACUCACAGCACACACGGAACAUACUGGAUCCUCAAAUCCCCAGCAACCUUUGAAAAUGCCACUUCAAGGCAAAGGGCAAGCAAUUGUUGAUACAGACCAUCCUGCUCCAGGGCCUGCUGGUUACAGUCAUGAUGGUGAUAAAUUGAAGCCACAUCCAUCUUUAACUGGUGACACUUUAGGCCCAGUUAAGAAUGUUCCUUUACCAAGUCAGCACCAUGUCAUGCAGCCAGAGGUAGAGCAGAAACAAAAGCAGCAUCAGCAUGCAGUAGAUGACAGCUACUCUUCAGUGCAGCAGCAUCCUCACAGUCACCAGGCACAGCAGGUGCUGCUUUCCAAAGAUGGAGCUCUAUAUCCCUCACCAUCAAGACCUCUUUCUGGAAGUACUAGCUCAGGAUCAUCAGUUGUGCCCAAGGCCAAGCAUUUUGGGGAAAAGUCACAGGAUCGCAAAACAGAUUCUCUUCAGGACUUGGAUUCAGAAAAGUCGUAUGUUGUGGCUGGGCACAGUGGCACACAGGGAGUUCCUGGAAAACUGCACCAUCCAAGCCAGAGCGUGGGUGUGCCAGAGAAACCUCAUAGUCAAAGCACUUACGAUUUGCAUGGAAGUGAAGCGCAUAAUCCUUUGGAGUUAGAGGGCCAGAAAGACUAUCUUCAGGCAUCAGGCUUGUCAGAUCUUGACAGGCAGGGUGCUCCCCAGUUUCUGGAUUCCGAUCCAUACAUACAGCAGCCCAUGUAUGGACAGCAAUAUCCCUCUCACAGAUAUCAGGCACCGUACCUCCAGCAGUCGAGUGGUCAUGGCAGCAGGUAUCAGAACUACCCAGACCAAGCCUACCCUGUAACACAAAACCAGCGGUUGUACCCACAGCAAGGCUAUCUGGGACUUCAAGAUCUUGGAUAUCCAGCUGCCCAGUAUGACUUUGGAGAUUUUGAGCCUUCUUAUUCAGAGACAGAUGCCUUUCCAUCGGGACCUGAAAUACCUGUGUACAGACAAGACUACAAACUUGGUUAUGACACUCCAUACAAAACUGAGCCUGCCCAUGGACUUCCUUCUAAACUCUCUAAGCAAGGUUCGAUAUCCAAUCCUGGAGGUCAGGAGGAAAAAGAUGAUUUCUCCAAAAGCAAAGAGCAUGCAGAACCAGAGAAGACUGCAGAUGUCGAUGAAAGCAGUUUUCACAGCACUCCCUCGUCAGCUACUCAGAGCACCAUAACAUCUAGCAGAACAAAAUCUCCAGCCACCACUAUCAGCACAAAAAGCAAACCCGAAGAAGACAAGCAAGAUAAGGGCAGUGUGCCUGGCAAAGAAACCAAAGUGUCCCAAGGGGCCAAGUCAGGGGCAGCGGCAGUAAAAGCAAACGGUGCAGACACAAGCGUCUUUGUCACCAAGGAGGAGAUGAGCAUUUCCGGCAUCUCUGCUGACAAGCAAGGUCCCAUCAUUGCCCUUUCUUUGGGUCUGGCAUUUACCCUGAUUCUCCUGUUCUUUGUGGCAUGCCGCCUGCGCACUGUGCGGCAUAGGCUGCGAAAAGGCCGGCCACUACACUCCAAUGAAGCAGACUAUCUUAUUAAUGGCAUGUACUUGUAGAUUCAAGCAGAGGUUGAGAGGUCAUGCUUGUGGGUUACCUAAACUCUUCAGUGCUCGCCUUUGAUAAGACUUUGUUCUGAGAAUACAAAUAUUCAUUUUGAAACAUAUAUACAAAGACAGAUUUUGCAACAAUCAAUUGUGAAUGUGCUGAAAGAGGGUAAGAGAAACAUAUUUUAGUAAGGGUUUUGGAGACCAUAGUUUCUGAAGGAAGAGGCUGCAUGGAAAGUAAUUGUCCUGCAGAAACAUUUUUGUGGGUUUUUGUUUUUUUAGGAAUAGAUAAAACAGAUAAAUGUGCAGGUCACCAUUUUUUGUGCAUCAUAGGCACCUUUUAGGAUGGAAAUGGUGUUAAAUUAACUUACAGAUUGACUAUUUAAAAAUAAAUGCAGUUUCAUAGAUUGACACCAAGCCAGAGGACAGGAUAAUGGUUGAAGAUGUAGAAGUAAUAUAGCACCACUAAUUCUGUACAGAAAGGAUGAGGAUAGGAUUGCAUAUUUAGCUUUAUUGGUUGCGCAGUCCUGUUGUAGAGGAUACAUAGGUCUAGAGAAGUUGGUUGCAAUGAACUGAGACAAAAGUGCUUAGUUGCAUAGAGGUUAAUUCAUAAUAGAAGUGUUAAUAAGUAAUAAAGUUGGAAAAAAGUUUUGCCUAUACAGUCAGCUCUUAGCAUUCACGAUCUUUGCUUUUGCAAUUUUGACUAUUUGUGGGUUUGCAUUAAAAAAAACAUAUAUGGGAAUCUUGAGUUUUGUAGCAUACUGCAGAAAAUUGCAGAUGACACAGUUAGACUUGAAAAUAUAAAGAAAUUAAAUUUUUUUAAAGUAAUAAAAUCUAUAAUUAUACUUAAGUAUUAUUAAUCUUUUUAUUCUGCCACACACUAUAUCUUCUGCAUUGCCUGUGUGUGUGUGUGCAUGUGUGUGUUUGCUUACAGCAUUGAUAUUGUAAUUUUAAGUUUAUAAAACAUAUUGUUACAGUUCAGCAUACAGGAUACAUAGUGUAUUAUUUUACAUUAUUGUGUUUUAUAUAUAAUUAUAUAAUCGACAGCAUGAAGAGUUAAUGCUUUGGGUGAGGAGUGGGGCUAGAGUUAUCUGUAAAUCUUCCACAUUCGCAGGGAUCGUACGCCCCAACCCCCACGAAUACAGAGGGAAGACUGUGUAGUAGAGCAUAAACAUUGUGUGUUUGAUGGCGUGAUAAGAUAUAUCAGUGUGUUGUAAGUAAGAGGUGAUGCACAUGUCUUGAAUUUGUUGGCACGUGGGUGUUUCAUGGGAAGAAAUGUACUUGUAAGAUACAGAAAUUAAGUGCUCCAUCACGCUUCAGAAUGUAUGAUUUGAAAAUUUGUAGAUUGUAUGGGUCAUUAGAGUAACUGUCUUUUCUAACAUGCAACAUAUUUUGUGAAAGUGUGCCUGCUGCCAGUUUUAAUAAGCAUUGAUAUAUGUGUGGAGAAACAUUGUCUCCUUGGAAAUGAGGUUCUAGCUAGUGUAUUUUGGUCCCCACCCCUUUGUCCCUUUCUCAACAGCGGUAGAUCCCUUACAACCAAACAUGCAGACAUUUAUUUUCAGGUUCAUUGAACAAUCCUCAUGCCUCAGUUAGAAAUGGAAAAGAGAAAUUAGACAUUGUUCACCCUCCAACAAGUUUGGUUUAUCAGGAGUACCUGACCAGUGCAUGUUCCAGUUGAGCACUCAGGUCCAUGUCAGUCACAAGAAAGCUUGUAGGAAACAUCGGGUGGUUUACCAACCACCUUCAGCUUUGAAAAACAAAAUGUAAAUAACACAAGCAAAGACAUGAAGUUUUGUGAGGAAAAAAAAAAUAUUGUGGCUAUAGCUCCUUUCCUUGCAAACAACAUAAUCUACUGUAGGUUUUACAAAGGGUAAUAAAUUCAGAAUGGUGUUGGAGAGUGACAGGCAAGAUAAUGCUCAAAUGAUAAGUCACAGCUGUGGCACCAUCUUGCUGUCUGUGGACUACUGUAACGUGCACUUUUGUGAAGAGACAAAACAAAUAGGAAUAAUUUGAUGUUCUCCUUUGCAUUUUGAUGAUAUCUGGCAGUGGUAGAUCCUACUGAGGUACCAGUUUCUCAUUGCAUGAGAUUUGACAGAAAUUUAACUGUCUGGUUUGUUAUAUACAUGCAGGCUUCUUGUUUUUACGUUAAAAUCAUGUUUUAUUUGCAUGUAAACAGCAUGAGUGACUGAAGGACAUCAAAAAGGUAACCCCUGCCCAGUGAAACUUUUGAUUGAUUCUGGUUUUUGUUUUUUAUUCUUCUUUCUGGCAUGUUAAAAGUGAUGUCCAUCUUAUAAGAUUGUUUGUAAGUUACUGAGUGCUAGGUAAACAAAAUGCUGUGAUUCUGCUGCCUUUUAAGCAGACAGUGUUCAAUGUUGCCCCUGUAUUGCGAUUAGCACCUAACAGAAACUCUAAGAGGGCUGUGGACUAUAUGAAUACAAAUCUCUUCUAAUGGGAAGAUAACAGAUAUUUGUGUCUGCAGUGGUAUAUGGAUUUCCAGAUAUUUGUUGACUGCAUGGUCUUGCAAGUCGCUGUGUUCACUGCAGUAAUUCCACAAAAUCAUCUCUGUAGUGGAAUGCAUCAACAUUAUUUACAUAGCCAUCUCUGAAGUGAACCGAAGUGUAUUUUAAAUGAAGGUUCUUUAUAUUUCAGGUUAAUGAAAGCUCCUGUUUUAACAUGACAAAGAAAACUUUCAUCAGUAUGACUGGAAAAUAUAUAAAAAUACAUUUGUUACUGCCAAAUGAUGGAAGCUAAAGAAAAUUCCUCAGAUUUGUGGCGUAAUGUAGAAUUUUGUACUUUUGUACUGUUUAAUGCCGACCAUUAUGCGAGCUAAAUAUUUAGUUGCAUAUGUUUUGCAUAUUCCAUGACAUGACCCCAUCCAUUUCACAUAUCCAUGCAUCUACAGGCAUAGGCUGUGUUUCAGGUACUAGAAAUUAUUACCAGCAUCUUCUUUUCAAAUCUCUUGCCUUUUGUGCUUUUUAAUUUGUACAUUGAUAUUUAAACCCACCUGUGAGUUGCAAACCUGUCCUUUGAGAUUUUGAAUUAAUAAGCCAGAAUAAUAGAACCCAGUAAUAAUGUGGUACAAUUUUCUUAGUCAUAUACACUUCUUGCAUUGAUCUUUUUGAAAAUUAUUUGAAAGAACUGUUGUCCAGUUUCUUACAUUUGCUAUCUUAGAAAUUCACCUAGUAAACUAAGUAAGCAAAGUUCAUAGUCUUUGUGAUAAAAUCUUAUAAUCCAAAUAAAGGCACCACAAAUAUUUUAAGACGAAUGUUGCCAGUAGAUGAAAAAUGAAGGAAAAGCUUACUUUGACUAUAUUAUCAUUCAGAGCAAGAAAUCCUACAAUCUUUGGACAAGUAAUGAAGAAAAAUAUUUUAGUUUAAAGCUGUGAGACAAUGCUGGGAACAUUUCUGAAGAAUACGAUUCACAUAAGAAUGAAUUCUCUGAGAAAGCUAUAUUUUUGUGAACAAAGGAAGGAAAUCUCCUUUGAACACUAGUCAAUGUGAACAAAUUUGAGAGACUUCAUCAGGUUUCAGUUUAGACUUUUAGUUCAGGUUUUCUUUAUUUUCUGCUCAGUCUAUUAAUAAAACAUCUUCCAGCUACAAAAAGUCCAUAUUAAAAGGUUUACCUUGUGGUAUGGUGGUACAUGUAUACAUCAGAUGCAUGCCAGUGGUUUUUGUGAUAAUACUCAAUUGCUCAUUGACUUAAAACUGUGUCCUUAAAGUUUAUUUUUCUCUUUACUUUUUUAGGAAGAAUUUUUUUCUAAGAUUUGUUUCUUGUUAAUGAUUGGAGAUGAGUGGUCCAGUGGCCUUUUUUUUUCAGAUUGGUUUAGGAAGACUUCGGAGUGGCCUGAAAUGUGGGCAUCACAGAAGAGUUUGCAUUUUCAUUAGUCCUUAUUGGAAGAUUGGCUGUAGAACUUGUAAAGAUGUGUGCAGUUCAGAUGUAUUGAAUCUGCAUUAACACAUCUCCAGAUAUUGUAUAUGGUUGACAUGUAACCAUAUGUGUAAAAACAGUCAAUAUUGUGUUAAAUGAAAUUAUUGUGGUUUGAUAGCUUAUUUUGAAAUGGAUAUGUUUGGGAAGAAAAGCUAUCAAUAUAUAAUAUAUAAAGUCUAUAACUGUGUAUGCUGUAGGUAUCUUGUAGAAAGUUCCACAUUAUUCUAGCAUUUGAAGCUGGGGGCAUGCUUAACCCACACUAAUUUAGAAUUUAUUUCCUGUCAUUAUUGCCCUGGUACAAUGCUAACAGAAAGAGCAUAAAAUUUAUUUUAUGCUGAUUUAUAGGUUUUGGAGGAUGGGCACCUCAUGAGAUAGCACAUCUUCAUUGUGUUGAUCAUUAAGUUUCUGGUACAUUCCAUUUUGUGUGUCUUGUACACAAAGUGAUUUGAGUUUGCACAAUCCUACAGUGCAUUUAUGUGUGCCAUUUGCAUGUGUUCAGGCAACUUAUAUGCUUAAGAGCAGACUAAGUUUUCAGUCCUUGUGCAUGUUGUCAUUAUUUUUUCUCCAUUCUUUUUUGACACCACCUGCAUUCCUUUUUUCUAAUACUGUGAUAUUCUUGAACAAAAAUAAAAUGUUUCUAUUUUUAAUCCAUGAUUUUAUGCUUUUUGACAAAACUGUCACAGUGACGCUCAAGGUGUACCAGAGAUUGGGCGAUUUUUUUUUUUGAAGGGCUGUCUCCCCUACUGGCGGUCAUUGCUCUAAUAAUCCAUACUAUUCUUUUGAAGUCAUUGUGUAGAAUUAUAGAAUGUCCAAUUCAGAUGUAAUCUGCUUUUACUUCUUUUUGCUAUGGAGGCCUAAAUAAAAUAUCUGCCAAUUUUU